UGGGUACCUGGUGUCCAGCCAGAGUCAUCCCACCCCACAGAGAAAACACAAGACAGAUAAAAUCGUUCUCACCUAUUUCUGACCUGAACCUUCCUGGGAACAGCUGAAUGACAAAUCCCAGCUUUGCUGCCCUCUGCUUUCCUGCUUUGGCAGGAUUUUAUUUCUUUGGAGGCAAUGAAAUUGUGUUCAUGGUACUCUUGUUCUUCCUUCCAGCUGCAGCUGAAGUCAGAAUGGCCUCAGGAAAGACCCCAACCCCAGAGCUGCUGAAGGCUGAGGAGCAGCAGAGCGUGAGCGCUGUCAGUCGAGUCACCAACCUGCCCUUGCUCAAUUCUGCCUUCAACCUGGUGUCCUCUGCCUACACCCACACCAAGGAGUCCCACCCCUGCCUCGGCGGCGUCUGCAGCGUGGCCGAGACCGUGGCUGCCGUGGCCGUGGGCAGCGUGGUCGGAGGGGCACAGCCCAUCCUGAGCCAGCUCGAGCCGCAGAUCGCCCUUGUGAAUGAAUAUGCCUGUAAAGGUCUGGAUCAGCUGGAGAAUAACUUGCCCUUCCUGCAGCAGCCAGCAGACAAGGUAAUCUCAGACACCAAGCAGCUGGUGUCCACCAAGGUGACAUCUGCUAUGGACGCCGCCUGCGAGGCCAAGGAAGCUGUGGCUGAUAAGGUCACCGAAGCUGUGGACCUCACCAAAAAUGUUGUUGGGGACAGUGUCAAGCUGACCAGGUCUGUGGUCACCUCCACUGUCAGCAGUGCUGUGGAGGCUGCGCAGGGUGCCAGGGAGCUGGUGACCAACAAGGUGGCAGAGGCCGUGGAUGUCACCAAGCACAUGGUGGAGGACAGCGUGGACAGAACCAAGUUUGCAGUUGCCUCUACGAUUGUCAACGCUGUGGAGGCUGCUCAAGGGGCCAAAGAGCUGGUGACCAACAAGGUGACAGAGGCUGUGGACCUCAGUAAGCACCUGGUGGAGGACAGUGUGGACAGGACCAAGUCUGCUGUGACCUCCACCAUCACUGCAGCUGUGGGGGCUGCCCAGGGAGCCAAGGACCUGAUGGCCAACAAGGUGACAGAUGCUGUGGGAAAGGUCACCAAAGCUGUGGAUGUCACCAAGCACAUGGUGGAGGACAGCGUUGACCUGACCAAGUCUGCAGUUGCUUCCACGAUUGUCAGUGCUGUGGAGGCUGCUCAGGGGGCCAAGGAGCUGGUGACAGACAAGGUGACCAAGGCAGUGGACCUCAGUAAACACAUUGUAGAAGACAGCGUUGACCUGACCAAGUCUGCAGUGGCCUCUACGAUUGUCAACGCUGUGGAGGCUGCCCAGGGUGCCAAGGAGCUGGUGACCAACAAGGUGACAGAGGCUGUGGAUGUCACCAAGCACAUGGUGGAGGACAGCGUGGACAGAACCAAGUCUGCUGUUGCUUCCACCAUCACUGCAGCUGUGGGGGCUGCCCAGGGGGCCAAGGACCUGGUGGCCAACAAGGUGACCGAAGCAGUGGACCUGACCAAAGGGGCUGUUCAAGACAGCGUUGAGAAGACCAAAUCUGUGGUCACCUCUACGGUCGGUACAGCCCUGGAUGCUGCCUAUGGCACCAUCACCAGCAAGAUCAACACAGCCCUGGAGCAGGGCAGGGAGGCUCUCCAGGACGGUGUGGAGAUGACCAACUCAGUGGUGGCCAACAGCAUAAGCAAAGCCAAGGCAGUGAGCCAGGCAGUGGCUGGGGGCGUGGAAUCUGUCCUGGGAAUGUCAGAAGAUCUGGUGGAUCAUUACCUCCCGAUGACCGAGGAGGAACUAGGUAAACUGGCCACCAUGGUGCAGGGGUUUGGCGUGGCCCCCGUGGAGGAGCAGAAGAGGCAGCAGAGUUACUUUGUGCGCCUGGGCUCGCUGUCGGGCAGGGUCCGGCACCGAGCCUACCAGCACUCCCUGGCCAAGCUGCAGGGCUUCAGGCACCGCACCCAGGACACGCUCUCCCGGCUGCAGCUGGCAAUAAAACUGAUUGAAUCUGUGAAACAGGAGGUUGGCAAGAAGCUGCUGGAGGGGCAGGAGAAGCUCCAUCAGCUGUGGGUGGACUGGAGCCUGACCCAGCCCAAAGGAAACCAAGUCAGAACGGCGUGCCAGCCAGAGGUGGAGCCGCGCACGCUGGCCAUGCUCAGGAUCAUCACCCAGCAGCUGCAGCCCGCCUACCACCGCCUCCGCCUCAGCAUCCACGGCCUCCCCAGCGGCAUCCAGGAAGCUGUGGCUCGGGCCGCUCGACACAUCCACAAGCUCCACAGCUCUUUCUCCAGGGCCGUGUCCUUCCAGGACCUCUCCAGAACCACCCUGGCCCGGAGCCAGGACCGAGUGGCAGAGGCCCGGAGGUCCCUGGAUGUCCUCUUUGAAUAUGUCACUCACAACACCCCUCUGAACUGGAUUGUGGGGCCCUUCAGGGCCAUGGCUAAGGUGGCACAGGACAGCAGAAGGCACAUGAAGGAGAUGAGGAGUGACAGAAAAUUACCCAAGCUGGAAAAGGCCCCACUAUCACAUGAGGUGACAAAGGCACCUGAAGAGCCAAAGGAAACCAACAGGCUCUCAGAAAAAUGGUGUGAAGUGCUAGAGAAGCUGGAGGAGAAGGCAAAGAAGGACACAGAAGUGGCCCUGGUUGCAAAGGAGAUAAAAACCAGUGCACCAGAGUAGGAUCUCUGAUAAAUCCCAGCUCUUCUGGCCAAGGCUACUUGGCUAGAACAGCACUGGAUCUUCUAAUUGUCUGCCCACUUGUGCCACGAGUGCCUCUGCUCUCUGAAUUUAGAGUCAGAUGUAGUUGUAAAGAGAUUUGAUAACCAAGGUGGGGAAUUUCUGAAUCUCGAUUAACUGUUCUUAAAUCCAACUGCUGUGCGGAAAGGGGAGAUGGGAUCUGCACUUCAGCUUUUUAACUCAGCCCAGCUGGAGCUGUGAGUGGCUGAAUCUUGCUGAGACAAGUUGUGGGAGAGAAGAAGUGAUCUCAACUUAUUUUUAAUGCUGGAUUUGUUUUUAAUUCACCCAAGCUGUGGAACUCUUGAGAAGAUGUUGUGCUUGACCUUUGAUACCAUCUCCCGCCUUCUCCACGUUUAAAAACUCAAGUUGCACACACAACUUCCUUUGUGCCUGUUGUGCUUUGGGGGAGGCUGGGCCCUGCAGCACAUCUGGCACAGCUGGGGCGAGGAGCUGCUUCUCAAGAAGAGACUUCUCCUCAUGGGUCAGCCAAACACUUUCUCCUUCAUGGAGAGGCACUGGGCAGUGUGGAGUUUUCUUUAAUCAUCUUUCCUAGUUCUGUGAAUGACUUCAAGGAUUAUCUGUGAGUAAUUCCAUGUGUGAAACACUUCAUAGCCAUUAAAUGAGGCAGCUUUUCCCAGGAGUUACUCUGCCACGGGAUUAGGAUAUCUUUUUAUUAAAAUAGGGGGGAUUUUAAUCCGGGUGCUGGUUCUUUCCCAGAAAACACUAUUUUUUAAUAAUUUCUAAUGUAACUUAUUUUGGUAACUGUUCCUGGCAUUGUCCCUGUGCCAGGGCUGGUGAGCAGACACUGCAAUAAAGCCUGACCUGCGUUCAAAGCCAUGUGGGUUUGUGUGUACCUAAAGCUGCAGGGUUGUGUUCUCCCCUUACCUGAGCUGUGAUGAAGCCUUGCCUUUACCAAACCUUGUCCCUGGCCAGCUCGUCUGUUCCUGCUCUUCUGGAGAGGAAAAACAAAGUGCCUUUAGCAGGUCCCAUGCUUUCUUAAGCACAAAAAUGCGUUAAUUAAUUAAUUUCCCUGACUUCUGCCUGUA